GCUAUAAGAAGAUAACCAAUGACAUCUCCACUCGAUUUUCUCGGCGCGCGUGUGAGGGUGUGAGGAUAAUUUUUAUUUUAAGUGGUUUUUAAGGGCGGAGAGAGAGAGAGAGAGAGGGCACCGCACUACUUCUACUUGUGUGUGUGUCGCUCGCUGGGCUUCGCCACCUUUCCGUCUCUUUCCUCUCUCUUCUCUCUCCCCCUCUCCUGGAGGAGAGAGAGGAGAAGAGGAGGGGGGGCCGCGCCAAGAGCCACGCGCGCUACAGUCUCCUUCCCACCCGCGACCGCGAGCAAUGGAGAUGGCCAGUGGAGGAGGCGCCGCCGCCGCCGCCGGCGGCGGAGUAGGCGGCAGCGGCGGCGGUGGUGGUGGAGGGGACGAGCACCGCCAGCUGCACGGUCUCAAGUUCGGCAAGAAGAUCUACUUCGAGGACGCCGCCGCGGCAGCAGGCGGCGGCGGCACUGGCAGUGGCAGUGGCAGCGCGAGCGCCGCGCCGCCGUCCUCGUCUUCCAAGGCGGCGGGUGGUGGACGCGGCGGAGGGGGCAAGAACAAGGGGAAGGGCGUGGCCGCGGCGGCGCCACCGCCGCCGCCGCCGCCGCCGCGGUGCCAGGUGGAGGGGUGCGGCGCGGAUCUGAGCGGGAUCAAGAACUACUACUGCCGCCACAAGGUGUGCUUCAUGCAUUCCAAGGCUCCCCGCGUCGUCGUCGCCGGCCUCGAGCAGCGCUUCUGCCAGCAGUGCAGCAGGUUCCACCUGCUGCCUGAAUUUGACCAAGGAAAACGCAGCUGCCGCAGACGCCUUGCAGGUCAUAAUGAGCGCCGGAGGAGGCCGCAAACCCCUUUGGCAUCACGCUACGGUCGACUAGCUGCAUCUGUUGGUGAGCAUCGCAGGUUCAGAAGCUUUACGUUGGAUUUCUCCUACCCAAGGGUUCCAAGCAGCGUAAGGAAUGCAUGGCCAGCAAUUCAACCAGGCGAUCGGAUCUCCGGUGGUAUCCAGUGGCACAGGAACGUAGCUCCUCAUGGUCACUCUAGUGCAGUGGCGGGAUAUGGUGCCAACACAUACAGCGGCCAAGGUAGCUCUUCUUCAGGGCCACCGGUGUUCGCUGGCCCAAAUCUCCCUCCAGGUGGAUGUCUCGCAGGGGUCGGUGCCGCCACCGACUCGAGCUGUGCUCUCUCUCUUCUGUCAACCCAGCCAUGGGAUACUACUACCCACAGUGCCGCUGCCAGCCACAACCAGGCUGCAGCCAUGUCCACUACCACCAGCUUUGAUGGCAAUCCUGUGGCACCCUCCGCCAUGGCGGGUAGCUACAUGGCACCAAGCCCCUGGACAGGUUCUCGGGGCCAUGAGGGUGGUGGUCGGAGCGUGGCGCACCAGCUACCACAUGAAGUCUCACUUGAUGAGGUGCACCCUGGUCCUAGCCAUCAUGCCCACUUCUCCGGUGAGCUUGAGCUUGCUCUGCAGGGGAACGGUCCAGCCCCAGCACCACGCAUCGAUCCUGGGUCCGGCAGCACCUUCGACCAAACCAGCAACACGAUGGAUUGGUCUCUGUAGAGGCUGUUCCAGCUGCCAUCGAUCUGUCGUCCCGCAAGGCGAGUCAUGGAACUGAAGAACCUCAUGCUGCCUGCCCUUAUUUUGUGUUCAAAUUUUCCUUUCCAGUAUGGAAAGGAAAUUCUAAGGUGACUGGCGAUUAAUCUCCCUGUGAUGAAUAAUAAUGCGCGCCCUUGAACUCAAUUAAUUGCUGUGCCGCAUCCAUCUAUGUAACUCUCCAUGAAUUUUUAAGUAUCAGUGUUAAUGCUGUAUUGUCGAGGACUUCUGCUCGAUAUGUUAUUUCUCUUAUGUUGUUCAUCAUGAAUCUUUUUCUGCUUA